GGCUUGGCACAUUAGAAUUUCGCGUGGGGUGUGUUGCCGUUGUGCUUACACCUGUUUCAUUAGCACUAAGUUUCCAAAGCGUUGUCAUGACCUCGGCCAAAUUCUUCCGGGGCCCAGGCUCAUUAAAGACAUCCGGUCCUUUUGCACGGAGUGGUGUGCAUGCAUUAUUUCUUGCAACUCAACAGGUGCCCUUCGUCGACAAGACUAGCCCAAGCCAAGGGAGGCGCCAAGGUGUAGAGAAAAUACGUUAA